UAUGCUGGUCAGGGCUCACUGUUGGCUAGCCAGUGUGUGUGAGAGAGCAACUUAGAAGGGCUGUCAGCUCUGUGUCUGGUUUAGACCUGAGGGGAAAAAAAAACAUUAAUAAUGACUGCUGUCCACCGUUUAGUUAUUGUCCGCCAUGGAGAGAGCUCCUGGAACCAGGAGAACCGAUUCUGUGGCUGGUUCGACGCCGACCUCAGCGAGAAGGGAAUGGAAGAGGCCAAGCGAGGAGCCCAUGCUAUCAAAGAGGCAGGCAUGAAGUUUGACGUGUGCUACACCUCCGUGCUGAAACGCGCCAUCAAGACCCUCUGGACCAUCAUGGAGGGCACCGACCAGAUGUGGCUGCCCGUGAUCCGCACCUGGCGCCUGAACGAGCGCCACUACGGCGGCCUCACCGGACUCAACAAGGCAGAGACUGCCGAAAAGCACGGUGAGGAACAGGUGAAGAUCUGGCGUCGCUCUUUUGACAUCCCACCCCCACCCAUGGAUAAGGAUCACCCUUACCACAAAAUCAUCAGUGAGUCUCGGCGUUACAAGGACCUGAAGCCUGGUGAGCUGCCGACAUGCGAGUCCCUGAAGGACACCAUCGCCCGUGCCUUGCCUUUCUGGAACGAGGUUAUUGCUCCACAAAUCAAAGCGGGGAAGAAUGUUAUUAUCGCUGCCCAUGGAAACAGCCUCCGUGGCAUCGUCAAGCACCUAGAGGGUAUGUCUGAUGCUGCCAUUAUGGAGCUGAACCUUCCGACAGGAAUCCCAAUCGUGUACGAACUGGAUGCAGACCUGAAGCCUGUCAAGCCCAUGUCUUUCCUCGGUGAUGAGGAAACCGUGAAGAAGGCCAUGGAGGCUGUCGCUGCUCAGGGCAAAGCCAAGAAGUAAGCCUGCUUUGAAGGCUCCAUGAAGAGGCAGAAAAUGAGACUUUUCACCCCUUAAUUCUUCCAGGAUUUCCUCAUAUUCCAUUCCAAAUUGGGGAAAUGGUUAAAGGUUCUUUGGGAGAAGGGCCUGGCCCCCACAUUAACACAACCACAUUGCUCAGCCCUUUUAAAUUGUGGUCAAGCCCUAGUUUGUAGGGUUCACCACUCUGGCACAUCCAAUAAAUAAGUCACGUUUGUA